UAGUGGAAGGAAGUAGCUAUUUUGCUAGCAGCAGUAACAGCGCGAGAAUCCCCGUAACCAACAGAAUAUAGUCACUCGCCCUCCAGCGAUCCAAUUCUAUUCCGGUUGAACAAUAAGGGAAUAUAGAUCAAACAACAUGUAUUUCAAACUUUUCUUCGUGUCAUUAGUUCUGGUUGGUGCAACAACAGCUGCCGACGCAGACCAAUGUCUUGAUUUGGACUGCAACGCCUGUGGAAAUCUGCCUGGGUGUCAGUGGAUGAAUUGCACAUUCAAAGCUACUCCCGGUGUCAGCAAUGUUUCCUGUGUGAAUGUGACCAGCAACCCGGAGAUGUGCUUUAACUCCACCUGUGCAGCAGCUACUGACCCUCCCUCGACCACCCUCCCAACCACCGCCCCCACUACUAUUGCUCCUAGCCCCGCCCCGACCACCAACAGCACUAACAGCAGCACCGUGGCUCCCACCACAGCUGCUGCCAACAUCUCCACGGCAACUCCGACCACCGCCCCAAACACCACUGUCCCCAUCCCUGUCUCCACGGCCCCACCCUCCAAUGUCACAGUAGCACCAGUUACCCCCACUUCUGGCCCACAUAAGGACUCGACGUUCGACGCGGCGAGCUUCAUCGGGGGGAUCGUCCUGGUCCUGGGCCUCCAGGCUGUCAUUUUCUUCAUCUACAAGUUCUGCAAGUCUAAGGACCGCAACUACCACACCCUGUGAAGCAGCACACCUGACCCCCCUCCACUAGCCCCCCCAUGUGCCAACUAGAGCCUCUUAAUAAACCCCCUACACCCACCCAGCAUGCAUCUCUCCCCAACCCCAAACAAACAGUGUUUCCAAGUCAUCUGUCUUUUAACCCUCACCACUAUUGCCAUUGUGGCAUUGAGCUACCUGUACUAGUUUGUGCUUGAGGCCUGCUACCUUCCUCUACUUUUCAGUCCUGAUAGGCACUCACACGCACCUGGGUUAUGGAUUACAUACCGCACACAAAAACCACAAGAGUGGCAUAUUCAAGUAUAGAUGACAUCAUAUUGCCCCCCACCCUCCCAUGCUGUCUUCCCUUCUCCUACCCCAUCAUGUGGUUAGUCAUACUGUCAAACUCGCUUUCCUUUGUGCUGACUGGAGGAAAAAAGCUUAAUUUACAGCUAAACCCCCCUCCCUCCUGUACCCCAUAGCUUCAUUUAUUGAAAUGUUUCACCCGCCUGUCACUUACAGAAACAUUUCAGUUGGCUAUAAAAUCCAGCCGACCUUUCUGUUGGGUGCAUAAUGUUGCCACAGCGUUCAGAGUGCCUACCAAACCUCCAUGCAAUUUUUCUGAUCAUGUCUUGGAAACACUGUUUGUGUGAGUCACUGUCGCCACCCCUGUCCCCAACUACUGUGUUUUUCACAGGCAACUAUGGAUGGUGGAGCAUGGCUUCUAUUCUGGUUGAAGUCUAUAAACAGAUAUGUUUAUGGUCUCGUCUGACUGAGUACCAUAGAUAACAUGAAAGGGGGGGGGGGGGGGGGUAUUGCACAAAAAAAUGACAACCAGGAAAUGGAAGCGGUGCUCCAUGGUCCAUCCAGACUGAAGCCUGCCCUUUGAACAGAGCCCUCCGGUGUGUGAGGAGUCUGUGUUAGACUCUCCAUCGGGAACACCGUUGUGCAUUUGACUCAGUUGAUCUGCCAGGGAUCACAAUGACCCUUGACCUGCAAAUGACAACAGCACAUGUCAAAUGAUUAGCUCAAAGCAAUAAACCAUGUUGACACCCAACACCCCCAAACUCCUCCCCCUCAAACACCCACCCACCCCCCCCACCCCCCCGGUCUUGUCUCAUCUUAGCUGACUUUGGUCUAUCAAUCAAGGUGGCUGCCGUUGACAGGAAGUAGGUCACCACAGCAUCAGCCAAGUUCAGGCAUGAUCGAUGGAUGUGUGGGGUCAAGAUGAAAGAGAAGUCUAAAUGAUUAAGUAUAAAUGUAUAAUUCUACAUGUGUCACUAAGAGAAAGAGGAGAGAGAUCAGAAUAGUGUGUACCUUCUCAACGUGGACAAUGAUAGCAGCAAAGUGCCUUUAAUGUUUAAAUGUCCAAAGUGACAUUGAUGUGAUAGGAUAGGAUGAAAAUGAUGCUCCGCCUCCUCCUGGCUGAGGCCGUUGUCAUUGGUCGAUGCAGAUGUAGACAGGGACGGUAUCGCGGUGCUGAUAUUGGUAUUGGAGCUCAGAGAUAAACCCUAGUUACCCAGCUGGACUGAAUAGCCUUUUAUUACUGAAGAGUUGAAGAUACAGUAGUCUUUAAUUGAAUGAAGACUUGGUCUUGAUGAAUGGAAACUGAUUUAUAAGUUAGGCACACUGCCCCUGAAGAGAAUGGAAGAUAGUGUUUCAUGGCCCAGAGAAGUAGUGUGAGUUUCAUUGUGUGGUUUUACAUUGGAUUGAACCACCCCGUUUCAGACUUAGAGACCUGCUCUUAAAUUAUUGUGUCUGGAUUCACUAUUUUCUUCCCCUUUUUGUGUUAUUUCCCCAUGGGCAGUAGCAUCCUAGCGAGCUCUGUUUCUCAGGCUGACUACUUGCAACAACGAAACAAUGGUUAUCUGUCAGAACAUCAACAUGGUUUGGCUUACAAGUCAAGUGUUUUGAUUAGCUUGCUGGUAACAGUGAGAUGUUGUCCCCUACCCACCUCAUAGUCCAUAGAAUUGCCCUGUUCUGGCCUUCUGUUACCUCGAAGAUCCAAUUGUGUUGAAGUUGAAUGGUAUUGAAGUUGAAGAGUUCCAGGUUGCUUUGACUUUCUUGUUAGUGUUGGUUUGUGGUGGCUUGCCAGGGAUGAGACUUCUUCCUUUUUUUUGUUCUGACUUCUUUUUUCCCUUCUUUUCUCUAAUAUUGCAUGUCAGAUGCGUGAAAUUCUAGCGGAUUCUUUAGUUUUCUAUUGGUGCAUGUUCUUUCUCUUGGCUGAAGACAUGUGAAAGAACCACUUGAUUCACUUCUUUAUUAGCCAGUAUGCUACAGCAGAACACGUCUCCGUAAUGUGGUUUGAAGCCAAAGUCAGCAGUCCUGGUCUGAAACAUGGUGCAUUGCACUGACUAAGCUGUUGUAUUGUACUAUUCUUUGCCUUGUCUUAUUAUUUUAAUAUUGCUGCCAAAAUCCUAGUCAAUUACACAAAUGCUUGUCACGUAAUGUUGUGAAAUAUUUGCCAAAUGAUGGAAGGACAUAAACUAACAACUAAUGACCUUGAUAUUUUGGUUCUGUGUUAUGAUAACUACAAAGUGCAAGUCAUCCAGUAAGUGCAUGUCUUCUUUGGCCUUCGUCAGGCCCAGACUCUGGAUCACCAUCAUCACGCCUUUUAAAGAUCCACCUCCAGUCACCUGAUGUUAUUAGGCUAUGUGCCAAAGAACACCCCCUCACCUCCAACGCCACCGGAAAGUUUAAGAACCAGUUUAUAUUUCUCAGCGCCAUCUGCUUCUAUUCUCAAACAAUAAACAUUGUCUCCUCCUUUCAAAGGGAAGGAAUAGGUUAAAUGCAUCAGCAGUGGAUAACUGCUUUGGGCUCUCCCUCCUUUCCACCCCAACUUUUAACCAAUUAACUGCUGCAUUCCUCCAGCCCCGGCGGUAAGAUGUGGGAUAGCAUUAUCUGCUUUGCCAUCCCAAAACAACCCCAGUGUCCAUAGCAACAGGUACAAUUACUCAUUUUUUUCCCACUCUGAGAGUCAAGCCGCAACCCCUCCUUGCACCUCUUGAAGAAAAGUGCCUUACUCAGUUGAACAUGUAUCCGAAGGGUUUUUAUUUGUUGACUGGCGUUAUCACAUCCACUAAAUAUCAAAGGGAUUUGGCACUUUCUGAACCCCUUGUUGAGAGUGAAGUCAGUAGAUGUUUUCUGUAACUGAAAGCUGCUUUGAAUGUCUUUUAUUUUAUUCUUGCAACCACCAUUUCAGUAUCCCAGACUACAUUUUGGGAGAAUGACCAAGCAAGAGCCACAGAAGUAUAGGGUUGCUACCUAACUGGUCACACACUGGCAACAAACAUUUCAUGAUGACUCGAUCUACUUUCCUACACAGAGUGGAUUCUACAUCCUAGCCUGGAACGUAGCGGUCUCUAAACAUUUGGUGCCAGCAAGAUCCACCUAUCAACAUCUCUGGUGUUUUCUUGACUGUAGAUGCAUCUUUAUGGCUCUGUCAUUAGUCCCUUACCUGUGAAACUGACGGUGUCUAAAAAGACUUUUAAAUUCCCUUGCCUUGCUCUCUCACCAUGUGCACAUAUACAGUACAGUCAUGACAUGUCCGAUAAAAGCCCAUUACUCGUCUGAUUGCUAUCAUUUCCUAGCAUUGUUUUGGACACACACAGGUUAUGAAGACAUGCCAAUGCCACAGAUCUCACUAUGCUAAUGUUUUAUGCUUGUUUUAUGUGGCCCUUUUCUCUGGAAUUUUGUUGAUGUUUUUUUUUUUUUUUUUCUAGUUUUGCAAUUAGUUUGAAGAUGUUAAAUCAAUAAAGUUGUAAUAAUGUUA